UUUUUUUUUUUUUACCCCUAGUACAGCCAGCAUGUAAAUAUUACUCUCCUGUGCUUUGCAAAGGGAGUUUGUAUUGAUGAUUUAAUGCCAGGAGCAGCUCGUUUAGAUGUGUCCCAGCGCUAAUACGCUUUAGUAGCAGCGGGCAGUUUGCUUCAUUCUUUCUACGUUCAUGUGUGAGAGUGUUGACUGAGAUGCUGUCCACCGGUCCACUGCAGCUCCGACUGUUGUCCUGCGUCACCAUCCUUUUAGUUUUCCACGCCGUCGUCGCCAAAAAGGACCUAAAAAGCGCGUGCAGCACCUGUCGGCAAAUUACUGAUAACUUCAACAAGGGUUUUGAUAGAACGGCAAAGCAGAACUUUGGAGGAGGCAACACAGCCUGGGAGGAGAGAAAGCUUUCCAAAUAUGAGACCAGUGAGAUUCGCCUGGUGGAGAUUCUGGAGGAGCUGUGCGAGAGCAGCAGCUUCGAAUGCAAUCAGAUGGUAGAAGAAAACGAAGAGCUUUUUGAGACCUGGUGGUUCAAGCGGAAAACCAAAAACCCUGAUCUGCACAAGUGGUUCUGCGUUGAAACUCUUAAAGUGUGCUGUCCUAAAGGAACCUUUGGGCCUGAUUGUACCGCCUGUGUCGGGGGAUCUGAGAAGCCCUGCCAUGGAAGGGGAGCGUGCGACGGCGACGGGACUCGCGGAGGGAACGGGAAGUGCAGCUGCGACCACGGUUACAAGGGAGACCACUGCUUAGACUGCACGGACGGGUUCUUCAACGCAGAGCGGAACGACACCUUCUCUUUGUGCGCAGAAUGCCACGCUGCCUGCAAGACCUGUGACGGAGCGAGCAGUCAGGAUUGUGAUGAGUGCAAGGAGGGCUGGGAGGAAGAUGAUCAAGAGGCUUGUGUUGAUGUGAACGAGUGUGCAAGAGACCCUUCUCCGUGCAAAGAGGAGGAAUACUGCCUCAACUCCGAAGGCUCUUAUUCCUGCAAAGCCUGUGACGAGGCGUGCUCUGGCUGCUCUGGAGCCGGCUCCGAUGAAUGCCAGGCUUGUGCCAACGGGUACCGACAUGUGGAGGGGUCCUGCAAAGACAUUGACGAGUGUUCGGAGCCUGAGGCGGUGUGCACCCAAGAGCAUCAGGAGUGUCUGAACACCCACGGCAGCUACAGGUGCCUCUGCUCGGCAGGCUUCCAGGACCAAGAUGGAGAAUGUGUUCAAACGCAAGAUCAAGAUCAGACAGAAGAACCAGGAAGUCCUGACGCAGCAGAGAAUUCACACGGGGAACUUUAAUCGCACAACUGAGGAACAUCAGGAGCAUUUAAACCCACUUUUUUAUUUAAAAAGACCAGCUGCUCCCAAACUCCAUCGAACUCCAGUUUUGGAUUAAAGGACAAACAACAAAUGGGGACAUUAUCUGCUUUAAGACCACCCAUCUUCAUUUGUUCAUUUUCUUGAAUGCUUUUACAUUUGUUUCAAUAAAGACAAAACUUCUUUAAUUUAAA